AUGGCCAAGAUUGCCCUAUUGCUUAAGAAUGCCAGCACUCCACUGGACCCAUACGAGCAGCGCUUUCGCAAGGAAGGCUACGAGCCCAUUUUCAUCCCACUUCUCACACACACACACACUGAUAGAGAUGCCACCAUAGAAUACAUCCUGAGUGAAAAAUUCCUCAAACACACCGACAUAUUCAUCAUCACCUCCCAGAGAGGUGUAGAGAUGUUUGGAGAGUGUCUAGCCUUGUGUAGCGAAGACAUCAGGCAUCAGAUCUACCAAAAAACGGGAUACACCGUGGGCCCAGCAACCCACCAGGUUUUGAGCAGAUUGGGAUUCCAGGACGUCCGAGGAGGCGAGUCUGCUGGAAACGGAACCAAGUUGGCCGAAUUGAUCCACCAAGAGUUGCAGGGAGGUCCCCAGAAAAUAGUGUUUUUCACCGGCGAAAUCAGAAAAGAUAUCAUUCCCAGAAUCCUUCGGGAAAAGAAGUACAACUUCGAGGAAAGGGUAAUUUACAAGACGGAAAACAGACUGGACAUCGUCGAAAACUUCAACAAUGCCUGGGAACGGAUCAAAGAAGGUGACCACUGGAUAGUUUUCUUCAGUCCACAGGGCACCGAAACCAUCGUACAACACAUCAAACGCGAGGGAAUUGCAUUCAAUAUAGCAUCCAUUGGACCCACCACCGAGGAGUAUCUCGUGCAAAAUCAGAUAAUACCCACAAUUGUUUCGCCAAAACCGCAGGCGGAUUCGUUGGUAGACUUCAUUUUGGCCCAGGAUGGAAAGAGGUGA